CUCGACGACGCGCCUGGUAGGUGCCCGGUCGGAGGCCGUCGAGGGCGAGUUCUCUUCUGUUACUAUCCGGUCUAUUAUUCUGCAGCUGAGCCUGCCAGGCAGGAGUCCCGCGGCGAGCGUGUACGGGUCCUUAGGAUCGCGAUCCCUCGCGGGGUUGAUUUGAGUUUUCUCCCGGAACCGGCAUCAUUCUCGGAGCCUACUGAAAAGCAAUUUGAGUGGCUUAAUUGCCGGGGGAGGGAUCAUGGGGAAAACAUUUCCAGGAAUAUCUCCAGCCCGAGUUGGCAGCAGUCCUGCCUGCUCUGUGUGCCUCUCUCCUUGGGGCUGUUGUUUUCUUCCUAGCCAGCCGCACCUUGGCCGGCAGAGGCGCCGCUGACUAUGGGAACUCCCCCGGGCCCUCCCCGCCGGAUGGGGGUCCCCGGCUGGCCUGCCAUGUGCCCGCCUUGCGCGCCUGCCGGGGUGAGCCAAGCGGCAGCCGCGGUGGGUGGCGGCGUUUUCGCUUUGUGCGCGCUCGUCGCAGGAGGCAGGGCAGGGCAGAGCUCUGGGCGAAGAAAUGGGCGCUCCCUCCUCUUCCUCCUCCGGCCCCCAGAGGCAAGCGAAGGCAGAAGCCGCCUGCAGGAGCGCUGUGCCAGUCUCCCAAAGCCGGCCGCGUCUCCCCCAAGGAUGCCGCUGCCGGGAAUCUUCUGCUGGGCGCUGCUGACCGGAGGCGGCUUCUUGGCUGAGCUUCCCCCAGCCGAUGGGGCAGUGCUGAGCCUCCAGCUGCAAGGCCAGCCGGUGCGGGAAGUCAGCCCGGCUUUCCUGUCUCUCACCCUCGAUGCCAACCUGGCCACAGAUCCCAGAUACAUCACCUUUCUCGGAUCCACUAAACUGCGCACAUUAGCAAGAGGUUUGUCUCCGGGCUUUUUGCGAUUUGGUGGCACCAAAACUGACUUCUUGAUCUUCGACCCUAAAAAGGAGCCAACUUUGGAAGAAGAAAUCUUUCAGCAUUUCCUGGUGAAACAAGAUGCUGCUGGCAUUUGUGGAUUUCGUUCUGUUCCUUUGGACGUGGUGCAACAUUUACGCUCUCAGUGGCCCUUCCAGGAGAUGUUAAUCCUUAGGGAGCAACAAAGGAAAAAGUACAAAAACACCACCAUAACACAAAGCACAGUGGACAUUCUGUACAACUUUGCAAACUGCUCGUAUUUCCAUCUGAUCUUUGGACUCAACGCCUUGCUGCGGAAAGACUCCCAAUGGAACAGCUCAAAUGCUCAGCUGGUGUUGGAUUAUGCAAAUUCCCAGAAUUAUAACAUGUCUUGGGAACUUGGCAAUGAGCCUAACAGCUUCAGGCACAAGUCUGGCAUUUAUGUGGAUGGCUACCAGCUAGGCCAGGACUUCAUACAUCUCCAUCAACUUCUGAACAAUUACAGCAACUACAGAAAUGCCAAGCUCUAUGGCCCUGAUGUAGGACGGCCUCGGAAGCAGACUCAGAAGCUGCUAAGGAGCUUCCUGAAAUCAGGAGGAAAAGUAAUUGAUGCUGUCACAUGGCAUCACUACUAUCUGAAUGGACGGACUGCCACCAAACAGGAUUUUCUCAGCCCGGAUGUACUGGAUACCUUCAUCACAGAUGUACAGCUUGUUCUCCAGAUUGUUGACAACACCGUACCAGGCAAGAAAGUGUGGCUGGGAGAAACAAGUUCAGCCUAUGGAGGUGGUGCUCCUCGAUUAUCCAAUACGUAUCUUGCUGGCUUUAUGUGGCUGGACAAACUAGGGCUGUCAGCCCGCCUGGGCAUUGAUGUGGUGAUGAGACAGGUGUUCUUUGGUGCUGGAAACUACCAUCUGGUGGAUGCCAACUUUGAACCUUUGCCGGAUUAUUGGCUCUCUCUGCUGUUCAAGAAACUGGUGGGCACCAAAGUCCUACAGGUUACCCUGACAGAUGAUGACCCAAAGAAGCUUCGUGUGUAUCUUCACUGUACAAAUGACAACAACCCUCGGUACAGAGAAGGUGACAUCACCCUUUUUGCCUUAAACCUCUACAACAGCACAAAACACUUGCAGUUACCCUCUUACUUAUCCAACAAGGCGGUGGAUGAAUAUCUUUUAUUGCCUUAUAGAAAAGAAAAUAUACUUUCCAGAAUCUGAGGUCAUCCAAUACAACAGACUGGCAGGAGAACCAGAAGAGCCAAAAAGGAAGGAGUUCUUCACACCACACAUAAUUACUGGUCUUGUAGCAGCAAGCAUGACUUGUCCCCUUAGCUAAGCAGGGUCCACCCUGGCUGCUUAUGAAUGGGAGACUAGAAGUGUGAGCACUGUCAGAUAUUCCCCUUAGGGGAUGCAGCCACUCUGGGAAGAGCAGAAGGUUUCAGGUUCCCUCCCUGGCUUCUCCAAGAUAGGGCUGAGAGAGAUUCCUGCCUGCAACCUUAGAGAAGCUGCUGCCAGUUUGUGAAGACAAUACUGAGCGAGAUGGACCUAUGGUCUGACUCAGUAUAUGGCAGCUUUCUAUGUGCCUAGGUUCCUAUGUACUUUGUUGAAUUUGCUGUCACUAGAUGUGGUGAUGGCCAUUAGCCUGGGAGUCUUGGAAAAGGAAUUAAAUACAUUCCUGAGGAAUAGGUCAUUUAAUAGCUGUUAGCCAAGAGAGCUAUAUGAAGCCUCCAUGUUUAGAGGCUGUAUACCUCUGUAUACUUGCUGCAGGUAUGGCUGCUGCCUCCAUGGUUCUUGGAUGCACUGUGGAAAACAAAAUGCUGGACUAGAUGGACCUUGGGUCUAAUCCAAUAGAGCUCUUCAUCUUACAGAUGACUCUCUUUUGUGCUAAUAAGACUUUCAAAUAACACGAGAGAGAUCAAAGGCAAUUUAAGCUGCAUGUGUAAAAAUGCCUAGAAUUAGGGAAUUCUGUGAUCUAUUAAUUUAUGCUCAACUGAACAAUCAAUCAAUCUUUAUUACAGUCAUGGACCAGAAUAAAGUGUAGGAAUCUAUGCUUAAAAUGUUUUCUAAAGGCAUACUGAAAACAGUUUUUUGAAUUUCAUCAUCUGGAGAUACUGGCUGAUGUGAUGAGGGAAAUUACUCAAAGUAGUCACAUUGAAAUUAAAUUAUUUUGUUUUUAAUUUCAAUGGGACUACUUUGAGUAAUUUUCCUCAUCAUGUCAGCCACUGGCUGCAUCCACUGCAGCAUUAGAUCUUUGUUUUGCAAAACAGGCAGAUGCACAGACAGCACUUUGGCAGACUUCCUCAUUUGGGACUGGGGAAAUCUGCAAAAGUGCCAAUUGUGCAACCCCGAUACUACCUUUGAAGGGCGCAGCAGCCCCACAGCACAAUGUUAAAGAGACGUAAUGCUGCACUGGAUGUCAGCCACUGUUUUACCUUUCAGAAUUAUUCUUGUUUUAGAAAUGGCUUUAUUCAAUAAUUUGUUUGUUUGUUUGUUUGUUUUUAAAUCAAAGUCAUGUUUGAUUUAUUCUUUGAUUAUACAUUGUCCAACUUAGAUUUGCAUCUAAAACCUAC